UUUUUUUUUUUUUUUUCUUAGGACAUCCAGGGUGGACGGAUGGCAAAGUCAAAAAGGAAAAACAAUGGUACGAAAACAGAAUCACAACGCGGGGAUAUUGACAGCAGCAACAAAAAGUCAACAACGGUAAAACAGCAACCAUCAUUGUUAGCCAAGUUUCCACAGCUCAUAGCAAAGCAUGGACUUAAAGUAGAACAAGUGGAACCCAACCAAAUAUACUUGAUUCCUCAUUUCUUCAAUGCAAAAGAAUGUGAAUCCUUAAUUCAAUAUUUCGAUACCCACUUGACACCACAAACUGUAUCACUUUAUCCAAAACCAGGCGAAGCGUUCCGUAGCAAUGACCGACAAUCGAUGCAAGAUCCAAUAUUGGCGAACAAGAUCUGGGAGUUGGGAUUAGACAAGCUCUGUGCACAGGAAGAAGGAAUCAAUCAGGUCUCGUUGCCUCGACAACCCUGUGGAUUGAAUAGCAACUUGAGGAUUUAUCGGUAUCGUCCUGGACAACGGUUUGAAGCUCAUUAUGAUGAUACUGUCAAGGAUACAGCGACUGGUUAUUGGACAGAUUGGACAUUGUUGAUCUAUCUGAACGAUACAAUGGAAGGUGGUGAAACAGUAUUCUACAAGGAUCAUGGAAAGAAGAAAAAGAAGAUGUCAGAUCCUGUGGUGAUCCGACCGCAACAAGGUUUAGCUCUCUUACAUCGACAUGGUCAACACUGUCUUUUACAUGAAGCUUUGGAAGUGACGCGUGGCAACAAAUGGGUUUUACGAUCAGAUGUCCUGAUUGGUUGAUGAAUUAGUAUAGUUUGAUAUAUCUUUAGAAUGAAUUGAAAUAAAAAAGAAACACUUUAUGCAUGUAUGACCUUUU